CAGGCCAGCCAAAAGUUAUGGCCAGCAACACCCUCAGUUACACUUUAGGCAUGAUCUAAGAGGUUUGGAGUGUAUGCAAUUUUUGUUUGACUUUAAGGUGUGCACUUGGUUAAUCAUCCAAUCCAUGGUGAUUGAAUUUUGACUUUAGGUCACCAUAGAUUUCUGACUCGGGUUCAACUAGACAUUGUCUCUACCUUUUCACAAGUGUACUUUUACACAUGCAUCAUUUCUGUAUAUAAGUUGACACUUUCUCUUGUUGUUCUCGUGUAGGCAAGGGAUCAAACCACAUGGUCAUUUUUCAAGUAGCAAACAAAUUGAUAUCUUCUGGUACUAGAUGAUCGCUCGGUGGAAGAAAAGUUUUCGUAACUAUCAGAGAAUAAUUACACGUGCCUAGCGUUGGUACCAUUAGAUUACGAUUUGCGAAUUAAUACAUAGGAUGCUUGAAAACCACCAUCUAGAUUUCAUCAAACAGACAAUGUUGAAGCAUGAAGAUACUUUUAGACGUCAGGUAAGGGAACUUCAUCGGUUGUAUGAUGUUCAAAAGAACAUGACCACUACUUUGAGAAGUGAGACAAGACAACACACUGAGUUCGCUCCACAAACAGCUUUGGAUAUCAACAAUGAUGAUUCGGGAUUGAUCAUGCCAGGUUUUGAUAGUUCAAGACAUGGAGACACUAGUGGCAUUCACGACAACCAAACAUGGCCUGAUGACGUGGAACUAACGUUAAGCAUUGGGCCUAGCAGUAGUACGAGACGGUCACAAAACCAUCAUCAUCAAAAUGGAUGCGACGAAUCUAUGGCGAUGAUAAAAACAAGUUUGACAAACUCGGGUACAUUAUACAAUCAAGAUAACAAGAGACCACAUUGGCUUAUUCAGGAUCUAAGUUUGCAUAGAACAUAACACACUUUGUUUGUGUUUUUUUAGAUGUAUGUUGGUAGCAACUAACAUGUUAUAUAUUAUUAAGUUACCAUCGUAUAAAUUUCUGAAACUAAUUCUAAUUAA